AUGGAGGAAUCAAAGGCUGCCCAGACAAUGGAGAAAGAAAAGGAAAUGCUCAAACACAGUCCGUUUUCAAAAAGCGCUCUUAAUGAGGCGAGCUUGCCAAGUCUACCAGCUGCAGCCCCUGUAAACCAAGAGCCCGGUGAAGAAAGGCGCAGGGGGUGGGGAGGCGGGGAGGGCGGCGGGUCUAGGAGGACAGCCAGAGCCCAGAAACAGCCGUUGUCCCCUGGCAAAAGAGGCCCAGUGCUGAGCCCUGGGCAAGUGUCUCCAGACAUCCCUACCUUUUCCCCCUUCAUUAAGUUUUCUUUCCCAACAGAACCCAUUUCCUUUGCCACUAAAACUAGGUUGCAUCCAAAAGUUUCUCACAAGCUUAAAAAAGAAAAAUUGACACCAUUAUACAGAAGAAGUCACAAAAGCUGCAGAGCUCCAGGGCAGAGAAGCAGCGACAGACACAGCUUUCCAAAUCAACUGGGCUCUAUGUUGUCAUUUUGGAGAAACCGAGGUACAGGAAAAGGAUUUGACCUAAGAAUGCGGGAGAAGCUGAGAGCAGGGGCUGGAGCAGCCUCAGGACAUCUUGGGUUUGGAGUCCAUUUGCUCCAUUUGAAGGAGGUGCAAAAGCUGACAAAGAGCUACUGUUUGCUUUCUUUAGGGGCCUGAUGAGAAGAAAUAAUAGGCCACUGGUAAGGUCUCCUAGGCUAAGCAGAGGCACAGCCACGGGAAGGAGCUGCUAGCCCUUCUUGCUAAAGCAUGCAGCAUGCACACAAGACUGGAGAAUCUGAUGGACUCUAAGAAGG